UAACUAAACGCUAUCAGAUAGGUUGGUGGUGCAAUGUAUGAACGGGCAUCCCCACAGCUGGUCAGGGUACCUCCAUGAAUGUGUUUUCUGAAUAAGUGAUUCUCAUUUUGGCUCUAAUGUUUCUCUUACGGUUGUUGCCCGUAUUCUGGGCUUUAUCGGUUAGGGCAGACUUCUUCCAUUUUGAUAGCAUAUCGAACGUUUCUACGUACUAUUUCAAUUACAUUUAUUGUAAUAUCUGGGAGGGGGAAUGCCAGCCAAAUCAAGAUGAUGCGACCCAACAAGUUCCAGCUAGGGAUCUGUGGCCGGGAUUCCCACAAGAUUAUAUCCGUAUGCUCAAUGAAUGGUACUGUAGUCUGGGACAGUGUUGCGAGUCCGGUGACUGUCGGAUUACAAACAAUAUCACAGGACUUGCCAGAGACCUCCAGCAAAAGCUUCAUGGGCAGCACCUGGCCCAAGCAGUGGUUUUGAAAGCCGUGCAGGGCUUCAUAGAAAACCCAGACUCCAAUAAGCCCCUCACCCUCUCCUUCCAUGGCUGGUCCGGCACUGGAAAGAACUUUGUGGCUCGAAUAGUGGCAGACAACCUGUAUCGUGAUGGGGUGAAAAGUGAGUGUGUGCGUCUGUUCAUCGCCCCCUUCCACUUCCCUCACGUCAGACUCGUGGACGUAUACAAGGGUCAGCUUCGGGAGGCUAUCAGAGACAUGGUGCUGCGGUGCCCUCAGACACUUUUCAUCUUUGACGAGGCCGAGAAGCUGCACCCGGGCCUCAUCGACGCCAUCAAGCCCUACAUGGACCACUACGACAAUGUGGAUGGGGUGAACUACAGGAGAGCCAUAUUCCUCUUCCUUAGUAAUAUAGGUGGUGCAGCCAUUAAUGAAGUGGCACUGGACUUUUGGCACUCUGGCCAGAACCGAGAGGACAUUGGAAUGGAGGAUCUUGAACACCGGCUACGUGCAGAUGCAAUGGAGGCACAAGGCGGUUUUUCCCAGAGUCAACUGUUGUCAGGCCAUCUGAUUGACUUCUUCGUGCCCUUCCUGCCGUUAGAGUACCGGCACGUCAAGCGCUGUGCCCGGGACGCCUAUCUCGCACGAGGCAUCCAGCCCAUAGAGGCCACUCUGGACGAGGUGGCGAAGGCUAUGUUGUAUGUGCCCAAGGAGGAGAAACUGUUCUCAGCACAGGGCUGCAAGUCCAUUCCACAAAGAAUCAAUUUCUUUUUGCCCUGAUUGAGCGCCUCGUAAGCAGCCCAAAGAAACAUUACCUUGAAGUAUUGGGGUUGUAGUUGACCGCUCAAUUUCAACACAAAACCAGCCUAAUAGUUGUUCGACAUGUGAAUCCCCGAUUACCCACUGCCAAUGAACAGAGCGAUGGGGAGUCUGGUUCAAAUCCCGGACAGUUUUAGUAACUUUUUUUGCCUUCAUUGUAACACUACUGAGUUUGUUCAAUUGUCAUUGUGUAGGCUUUUAACCAUAAGCACUUUGCAAUAUGAAUAAGAAGUUUAAUGUAAUUUUACUUUAUAUGUUUAUCUUUUUAUACUGUCAAACUCAGCAUUCACUGCAAUGCUGGUACUUCUUCUAAAGACCCAUAGUAUUGAUGUCCUACUGAAUGAGAACAUUGAACUGAACAGUUUACCAUCAAUUUGUUUACAUAAGCUGUUAUUUGACAUGGUAUACUUUUUGUACAAAGAACUAUACAUGCUAGGUGAACAUAACCACUGUUACAUCCGUGUUCUUUUUAUUAUGUGGUUGUCUCACUACAUGUUGAGUUCAAUUUGUGCCAAAGUGUGUUACAUAAUCCCUGAAUGCAGGGGCUGGGGUUUUUUUUCAUGCACUGGAGGUCAGAGUUUGCACAAAGCCCUGAUAUAGUCAUGUCAAAGUUAUUGUAAGUGUCCUAGAUUAUCACAGUUUUUGUCUGUCUCUUCAGAAUUUAAUAUGUCAUUUAAGCUUUGAAUGGUUAUGUUAGUUGUGUAUUUUCCCAUUUCAGUGCACUUAAAUGCAUGUUUAAUUACUUCCAUGUUAUUGCAAGCAUGGGGUUCUUUUUGAUGGGAUAUAUUUGUCAUUCUUGUCAUUCCUAUGAUUUUAUUACACUAACUUGGAUCACCACGAUUAAAAUCAUGGCAGCUUUAGCCCUGCAGGUCUUUUAAGUCCUGUAACAAUCUUAAACCUUGCAUGAUGUAUUUAAUAUGAUUGGGAAAUAGGCUUAUUAUAAGUGUGCCAAGUGUUAUUGGAAAAUAACAUGUCUAAACAAUGAUUUAGUAUUUAAAUUAUCCUAAUGCACUGCGGUUUUACCCCAUGUUGGCAUUUAUAUGAAAUAGUAUAAGAAUAAUGUGUAAUAUUACUACCUUAAUGUUUUUUUCUAUCAGUGUUUCAUUGCAUUUGGCUGUGGGAGACCGAAUUCUGAGAUCGGGCUAGGGGAUCCUUUUUUAUUCCUUGUUUUAUUAAGCUUUGUAUCAAGAGCCACGGACAUAUCUGAUUUUCGUGGCUUUGGUCUUACUGUGAAUUAUCAAGGGGUAGGUCUACAUGUGAGGAUAAAGAGAAAUAAAUAAGGCUGGUGAGUUGUCUA